AUGUCCUCUUCUAAUGAUACACCAUCUUUAUUUGUCACACCACAAACACCACCAAGACAGCAACAAAGGAGAAAAAGUAAUACAGGAGCUAUAUCUACACCCGUUGCCUCAUCAGUAUUAUUAACUCCAUCUACAACAACAAAAAAACCUACAAGAACUCCAGUAUCACAGAAAAGAAAACAAGGUGUACAGUUGUCUCCACCACAGGCAAACAAAUUCCCCUUUACUCCAAUCACCCCUCAAAAAUCACCAUGCAAGACAAGAAAGAAUUUGGAUUUAUUCACUAGUAACGAAAAAUUUGGCUUAUUGUUACCAUCGCCAUCCACUAUUGGUUCUGGUAGAUGUCAUAACUCUUUCACGCAAGCUCCACCUCCAUUAUUUGAUUUGAAGAAGGUUAAUGAGUUUAAAGUACCUAAGACACCCGCAAAACAAAUUAUAGACAACUCUAGAACAAAAGAAUCAGAAAAUGAAGAUGACUGGGAAGUGAUGGACAUAGAUGAAGUUGCCAAAAUUCCUCGUGCAAAGUUGAGGAACCCUUUUAUAGACACUUUUGAACCAACGAGUCCGGUUACACCUGAGGAGAGUACUGGAGAUAGAAUUAACUAUGACACACAUAUGGAAUUGAUAAACAGUAAAACUGGUAAGAAAAGAGUUGUAAAGUUAACAAAGAAUCAAAUGAAAAUCAAACCAAAGAGAUUAUCGUUUGAUAAUAUAUAA